UCAGUUGGCCCCCCCCGCCCCCCGUUUCCCUCCCGCCCGAGGUCGGGCCCCUCCGGCCCGGGACCCCCGCAGGGCGGCCCCUAUGAGUGUGUCUCUGGUGGUCCUUCGCUUGGAGCUGGCCGAGUCCUCGCCCGUGCCGGGCGGCUUCUCUUACAGCGCUGCGGCUGCUGAGAUGUCUGAUGAGGUAACCCCGGAGAAGUCACUUGCUGCCGCCACGGUGUCCUUAGAAGGCAAGGCGCCCGUGGAGAGAGCAGCCAUAAUCCACCAACACAUCGGCCGCAGGGAGAUGACGGACGUGAUCAUUGAGACAAUAAAGCCGGAUCCAGAUGAGGUGAAGGUGAUGACGGAAAAAGGCAGCCUGGCUGAGGCUUCCUCCACUGAGGAUCGCAGUAAACAUGAUGGCCAAAGUGGAGGCAUUGGGACUACACCAGAUUCUCCAUCAAAGCAGCUGCCUGACCAGAUUUCCUUUUUUAGUGGGAAUCCGUCGGUUGAAAUAGCUCACGGCAUUAUGCAUCUCUACAAGACCAACAAAAUGACCUCUUUAAAAGAAGAGGUGCGCCGCAGCGCCAUGCUGUGUAUUCUCACUGUCCCUGCCACAAUGACCAGCCAUGACCUCAUGAAGUUUGUGGCUUCUUUUUAUGAUGUCAUUGAACACAUGAAAAUCAUCCGAGAUUCCACCCCGAACCAAUACAUGGUCCUAAUCAAGUUCCGAACCCAGGCAGAUGCGGAUAGCUUCUACAUGGCUUGUAACGGCCGGCAGUUUAACUCCAUAGAAGAAGAUGUUUGCCAACUUGUCUACGUGGAAAGGGCAGAGGUCUUCAAGUCAGAAGACGGGGCCAGCCUCCCCGUCAUGGACCUGACAGAGCUCCCCAAGUGCACCGUCUGCUUGGAGAGGAUGGACGAGUCCGUCAACGGGAUCCUCACCACGGUCUGCAAUCACAGCUUCCACAGUCAGUGUCUACAGCGGUGGGAGGACACCACGUGCCCUGUGUGCAGGUAUUGCCAGACCCCGGAACCUGUGGAGGAAAACAAGUGCUUUGAGUGUGGAGUCCAAGAAAACCUUUGGAUAUGCCUCAUCUGUGGGCACAUUGGAUGUGGGCGUUACGUGAGCCGGCACGCCUACAAGCACUUUGAGGAGACGCAGCACACCUAUGCCAUGCAGCUGACCAAUCACAGGGUCUGGGACUACGCGGGGGACAAUUAUGUCCACCGUCUGGUGGCCAGCAAAACAGAUGGGAAGCUGGUUCAGUAUGAAUGUGAGGGGGACGUGUGUCAAGAAGAGAAGAUCGAUGCCUUGCAGCUAGAGUAUUCCUACUUGCUAACAAGUCAGUUGGAGUCCCAGCGCAUCUAUUGGGAGAACAAGAUAGUCCGGAUAGAGAAGGAUACAGCUGAAGAAAUCAACAAUAUGAAGACGAAAUUUAAAGAGACUAUUGAGAAAUGCGACUCGCUCGAACACAAACUGAAUGACUUACUGAAGGAGAAGCAGGCAAUUGAAAGGAAAUGCACUCAGUUAAACACCAAGGUGUCCAAGCUCACCAGCGAGCUGAAGGAAGAGCAGGAGAUGAACAAAUGCUUGCGGGCCAACCAGCUCUUGCUCCAGAACAAGCUGAAGGACGAAGAAAAACUCCUCAAGGAGACAUGCAAACAAAAGGACCUGCAGAUCGCCGAGGUCCAGGAGCAGCUCCGUGACGUCAUGUUCUACCUGGAGACCCAGCAGAAAAUCAACCACCUGCCCGCUGAGACGAGGCAGGAGAUCCAGGAUGGACAAAUUAACAUCCCCGUGACCUCUUCAGCUGGUUCGUCCACAGGGGGUGGCGGGAAGCCUUCCUCCCGGAAGAGUAGAAGCAAAAGGGGCAAGUGAAGAAAGGAAGCGGAGGCAACUGAGUGACCGCCGUUGGCCGCAGAAGGGGUGUUGGGGGCAGGAUGAGAGUUGUCUGUUCAGCAAAAAUAGGCUUGGCAGUCUAGCCAGGGAUCAGUGACCGGCUUCUGGAUCCUUUCCUAUCCCCUUGUGCUAACCUCCGGCCUCCAACAGCCUUGAAGGCACCUUUCCCUCUGCUAGCUAGCUUGUCUUAGGCAACACGUAGUGACCUCCAAGCCGGCUGUCGGGCCUCACUGACCCCCCCCUUUCUCCGCUGCGUCCUCGAGGGCGCCGUGCUUCAGCUCUAGAUGUUUUGCUCAAGACCUCCUUUUAAAACAAGUGCAGAAGCCCAAACGCUUGACAGAGCCUCAGGUUUUAUUUCUGGAGGAGCAGGAAGGGCGGCUGCUGCAGCCACUGUCGCUGAACAUCCUCUGUAUCCUGAGACCUAGACGUAGGCUGUUCCCACCAGGAUGAGAGGGAGGGCGGUGAGUUGCCUCGGGGAGAAGCGGCUUGGAGCAGGAAGAUGCUCAGCUCAGCUCAGCAGGGAACCUGAAAAGGUGCUGGAGGGUAUCAGGGCUGAAGUCCUCUGACGGGGGAAUCUGGCAGGGGAAUGUGCGUCCCUUCCUUGAUCAGAUUUUUGGCCUCAUGUGGUCUCUCAUGCUAGGUUGAAACAGUGCCAGGGGUUCGGUGCAUGCCAUUUCCUUCCUUCCUCUCUCCCUCCCUUCCUCCCUUCUUCUUUGCCUCUUCCUUCCUUUCUCCUCUCCCCCCCUCCGCUCUUUACAGCUAAUUCUUGUCUCCUGCCAUGCAUGGUUCGCCCCGAUGAUGCAUUAUGGGUACUGCCACAUCCCGAUUCCCGCCUUUGCCAUUUUGGGAGAUUGAUAGCGAAGUGCGUUUGUGCCCACUGGCCGCCUUCCCACUUCGUAGUUCCCAUCCUACCCCAUGCACGUCGGUUGCACGAUUCCGGGCAUAGCAUUCUGCUGCAGCGAGGCACUUGGGGAGCUGCUGGUGCAAGGAGUAAACCUCUCUCUCCCUCCCAUGCCCACAAGACUCUUUUCCAAACCACUUUUUCUCAAAAGGAGGUGCCUAUUGGGAGAUAGUCACUGGGGCAUUGGUUCUGCAUGCUUUCAUGUAGGCAUUCACAAAGGAAGGAUGCAGAGUCCAAAGCAUGGGCCUGCAAGCUAAUGAAGUGCCUAGCACAGGCUGGGGGGCUUGGAUCUUUUUGCAAAACACCAGGCCCCCCGGGUGCAGGCUUUAGCUGGACCAGUCCUUCAUAGCAGCAUUACGCUCCACACAAGCGUUAGAUACAGAACCAGCUAAUAGAAGAUACAAAACCUGGCAAGUUUUAAGAGUGUUCAGUUGGCACAGUAGCUUGCAUAACACACUGGUCCUUCAACGCAGAGAGUCGAUAGGCCAAGUUUUGGUGGAAGUGGUAUUUUGCUUAUUUUGUUUGUAAGAGAAGUUAUUGACCAGCUAGUUUGGAGGCACCCAAUUUACAUGGCUUCUCCUUGAGAAACCUUGUUUAGUUUCUGCAGCGAGGGCCUACCAGGCUCCUGGGUUUGGCUACUGCAACUCUUGGAAUUUAUCAAGCCAACUUCAUGAGGCCCCGGGCUCUGAAGCUUGUCUUGGUCUAUCAAAUGCCUUCCUCCUUCAUCCCAGUGACUCCAGCAACUGCUUACAUGGAAAUGGUUUGCUUGGCAUCUGGUCCAGGGCCAAGAUCCUGUGUUGUUGCUGUUGUUCCUUUUAUAAGCUAGAGCCAAAAUCCAGGACUUGUUCUUGGCUUAUGAAACUUGGUUUCUUUGAGAGCAGCAAGUCAGGGUCCUGAGUUUUGGCAAUAGUAAGCCAAUCAAGUUGCUUGCAGUGAGGCAACCUGAACCUUGGCAAAUGUAUGGGACCUGCACUCCCAUAAUCCUGAGCCAGUGUGUCCCCAGCUGUCCAUGCCAGGAGUCAGAUGGGGAGAGGCUGUGCAAUGGGGAGCAGCCAGGUUGGGGGGGAAAGCUGUGUGUGUGACACUAGCACACAGCUCUUUGAUCUUCCCGUUCUUCGCAGUCCUGUGGUUUCUGAGCCUCUCGGUAACGGUGUUUUUCCCAAGAUAAAACCACAGGACAAAUGCAUUUUAAAUUUCAAACUGCACGUGCAUUGCAUAGGGCUAUCUCAGAAUAUAAGAGCCAUGAUAUCUGUCACGCAGCACCUACUGAGGUUAUUUUUAAAGGAUCCUUAGAAGUAUUUUUUGCAUUGCCUUGAUUAUUGCUGUGUUCUCUUCUGCUUCCUCCCUUCACUGAUUUCCCUUGAAAUGAGGAGGAAGUGAGCAAGUGGCUGCAUGAUCAGACAUGCGGAAAAUGGGUUCUGAGAGAGAGAAGGAAAGUUAGAGGGGAAAAAUUCAGAAUUAAGCAGGAGCUGGGCACACCGAAAAGGAUAACUUCGGAACUACAUUUUUAUUAGCAAAUUUGUCGUUAGCCAACCCUUGGGGUAUGAACAGCAAAGGUCUCUAUUGCUGUUGCUUUGGCUGAGAGGCCCCUAUCAUAACUGAGCAAGAUGCGGGCAGUUUUGCAAGGGGUCUUCUGUGUUGCAUCUGGAAGAGGCCACUUACGUAUGGAGUAAGAGCAAUGUGAAAUCCUCCAAUUGGCUUAGCUGAGAACAGCCUGCCUUGUUCGAGGGUAGCGUGUAGCUUGAUUGGCACUUACAACACCCAUCAGUGUCUACUUCUUUUUAAAAAAAUUCUGGACUGUAACAUCAGCAGUGAGAAUAUAUUAAACUGGAUGAAAAAUAA